AUGAAGGAAGCUGCCUCGUCGUCUCUACCUUUGGUGUCAAGAAGAACAGACGCCAAAAGCAAGAAGCAAUUACGGCGGAAAAAGGUGAAACGAGCCAAGUUGGCAUCCCAACUAUCCCUCCGGCAACAUCCCUGUUUCAGAGCUUUUGUCGGCUUGAUCACUCUUCAAAUCUUUAUUUUGCUCUUGGUGGCUGUGUUUGUGGGAGAUAACUUUGAACAAGUCAUUGGUGGUUCUCGAGCAGACACGAUCCGGUUAAUUCAUGACUACUACGUCGAACACUUUCGACAUCACCUUCACGAUGAUGCAGUUCCCACAGGCAUUGUAAUGGAUGAUGACGAAGAAGAAGACCAAUCAUCCAAGAACCCAAAGACUACGGCAAAAAGCCAGCCAGAGGUGGAAGGAGAUGACGACUUGCAUGAGCUAGAGGAUCACAUUGCCAAUCAGACAGAGCAAAUACUAAACCAAGCUGAAGCAGAUCAGUUGGAUGGCGAGGAAGAAGAGGAGGAAGAUUCCUCGGGAGAAUCUGCGUCGGCACCUCCUCCAAUCGACAACUAUUAUUCGCGGCAAACGGAGUAUCAGAAAGAUCGAGGAGAGGAUGAACCCUUUGAGUUUCUGGUGGUUGGAGGAAGUGAUGGUAGUGGCACUAGGGCCUUUGUCACUGCCCUGGGGAAACUGGGAGUUCCCAUGAUUGUGGAUGAUAGAGGGACCAUGGAUAUUCAUGGGAAACCACUGUUUCGAGGAGAGGGAUGGCCGCCACUGGUCCAACUGGUACUGAAUCAUACUCAUUCGGCCAACUAUAAGGUGGCAGAUCUUCCACAAGAUGUGCGAGACGUGAUAGUACGCGACCUAAAGAAGCUCAAGGCCGACUUGAUCCAUCGCGGAAAGCGACAUGAUAGCAAGGAAUUACGAAGAUUGAACACCCAUCACAAGGUCAACCAUUACGACAACAAAAACCUGCGAAGACACAUGUUCAAGCCACACUCUGCUUUUCACGAGCAAGGCAAGAAUCGAUUCCUGAUGGAAGCAGAUGAAAAGGAUAUUGAAAACGCAGCAAUUGACAUGAAACCUCCUCCCUUGGAAGUCUCAGCUUCCGUGAGCAAGAGCAGGCAUGUGCAGUAUGGAUUCAAGGCACCAGUGACAAUGCUGUUGCUGCCAUUCCUCAGAGAAGUCUUCGGACCAAUCAAGUUCCUUCAUGUCGUACGGGAUGGAAGAGAUGUGGCUCUGAGUGCCAACCAAAGCCCUGUUAAGAAGUUUUACAACUCCUACUACAAACAACCAGGAGACCCCCUCGUCAAUGUGUCCCUCGCCCAAAACGACACGAACAUGAAUGUCUAUGCCAUGCAACUAUGGAAUGAUUGGAAUUCACAGGUCUUGGCAUAUGAAAAGGACAAUGUAGGGAAGGACUUUGACUUUUUGGUAAUGCGAACGGAGGACCUCUUGAAUCCCGAAACCAAGUUUUCGAGUUUGCAGCAGCUAGCUCAUUUUGUGGGAUCACGGAACUCGCUAGAGGAGCUGUGCUGCCAGAGUCAACAAGCGGUGGUCGACAUGGGACAAUCAACGUCGAAUAUUGGGGGUGGAAAGCGUGGUAAGAAGUAUCAUCCAUUGGACGACAAGCAUCACAUCUAUGACCAUCUCUUCAAGGAAAUGGAGAACGUCCAUCACUCGGACUAUCGCAACUACGUGCAGGGGAAGAAACUCAACAAUGGAGAUCAAACACAUGGUGCUAUACUACGGCAUCGCGAGGAUUCAGAGGGCUACGGCCAGCACAAGCAUGGCAUGGGAGCAGACCCGAUUCUCAGCUUUAUCAAGGGUCCAGCUGAAAGCGACAGUAAAUUCGACGUUGAAGAGGGUCGGCAUCUCAACUGGCACCACGGAAAGAUGGAAGCAGGAUCCAUGUUAGAGGAAGCCCGUGAACGCAGAGCUCACUUCAUCCAGGAGCGUCACAAUAGGUUUCGGGGAAUAGCCCAGCGCGUAGGAGCAUUGAAAAAACGGCAAUACGGGCCAGUCAAUCCACAAAAAGGGCUCGGCAGCUCGCCCCAAAAGCAUCUGAAACCCAAUCAGAACGGUGAACCUGCCCAAUCCUUUGCCGACCGAAUCGCCGCUAAUCACAGAGCACGUCAACAGCAACAUGACCCUACUCAAGAUAUGCACCGUCCCUACCCUAACGGUCGCGGAGAUGAGCAGCGUAGGCGCCUCCUGUCAUCUUUUGGUAAUCUACAAGCUCGACACGCGCCAUACGGAGGCAAAAGAAAAACACCAAAAGAGGAUGCAGAAGAUGGAAACGAAAAGAAGCACAGACAAUUCAAGCCACACGGCAAUGGGAAACUCCUUAAGGAGAUGCCAACAGAGGGCGGAGAAGAUGGCAAUGAAAGGGAGCACGGACAUUUCAAGCCACACGGUCACGGGAAACUCCUGCAGAACAGGCAACCUGAGGAUGCAGAAGAUGGAAACGAAAGGAGGCACAGACAACUCAAGCCACACGGCCACGGGAAACUCCUGAAGGAGAUGCGGUCAGAAUCAGACAGCGAGCACGGUCGCAUGGAGGGCAGUAAUGUCAAAGAGGAUCCUUCUUCAUGGAGCCUCGGGUCUCUUGGAAAGGCUCUGGGAAUGUCAAGCACCAAGCCACCCAAUGUAUUUGAUGAAGACAUGUUGGAGCAGUUCAAGCAUAUGCCUAAACUGGAAACAGACUCUGGUCGCACUCAUCGCCACUUUCAUCCACAUCAAUACAAGAAAAAUAAGAAACGCGGUAAUGUCAAAGAGCGCUAUGGCAAGUGGGUGUCGUUUCUUGAAGACAAGCCAGCGCUUUCCCAGCAACUCCAUAAACUGGGUACCAAAUCCCUAGAAACUUUUGGGUACGAACCCUCCGCCCCCUUCCUGGAUACUUCAGAAGCUGACAACAGCUUUCAAUGCGACAGCACUGUUGUUUGUAAAGGCCCCAGGGAAGACGAUGCGUAG